AUGAACGAAGUGAAGAGCGAUCAAGUCGCCUCGCAGGAAGUGUAUCUCCCUCAUCAUCCUGUCAUUCGCGACAGUAGCGUCACGACAAGAUUGCGAGUCGUAUUCAACGCGUCGAAUCUGACGACCAAUUCAACGUCGUUGAAUAAUCACUUGCUCACCGGGCCAAAGUUACAAGCGGACUUAUCGGCGGUCAUUCUGCGCUGGCGACAGUUCCGCUACGUUUACGCCGCCGAUAUAACGAAAAUGUAUCGCCAAAUAGUUAUGGACCCGCGUGACAUCGAUUACCAGCGAAUUAUGUGGAGCGGCGCUCCUUCAGAACCCGCUCGAGCUUAUCAGCUCACUACUGUAACAUACGGCACAGCCUGUGCGCCAUUUUUAGCGCUACGCGUCAUUCGUCAGCUCGCUCAAGAUGAGAGUAGUUCUUUCCCACUCGCUGCUAUUGUGCUGCAGCAAAAUACUUAUGUCGAUGACGUUCUCUUCGGGGCGGACGACAUACCUCUCCUUCGUCAAGUUCGCGAGCAGGUAUGCGCGUUGCUUCGUCGAGGCCGAUUCGAGCUGAGAAAAUGGGCGAGCAACUCUUCUCAACUCCUCAGCGAUAUCGCUAGCGCAGAUCACGGCCUCGUUUGCGAUAAGAUGCUUCAAACAGAUGACCAUCUUAAAAUUCUCGGCAUCAGGUGGAAUCCGUCCUCUGACGCCUUUCAAUUUAACGUCACGCUUCCGCAUUCCGAGCAGACUACCAAACGGUCGAUUCUUUCAACUAUCGCGAGAUUGUUCGAUCCGUUGAAGUGGAGUACUCCGGUUACUGUUGUCGCGAAGAUUUUCCUUCAGAAACUCUGGCUGCUCAAAAUCGGAUGGGACGACGUGCUUUCCGCUGACAUUCUCGAUCGCUGGGACACCAUUCGCUCAUCCCUCGCCGCUCUGCACGGUCUUCAAUUAAAUCGCUGGAUCCAACGCGGUGCAGAUAGCGUUAGAUGCGACUUACACGGUUUCGCAGACGCAUCUUCGCACGCUUACGCUGCCGCCGUGUAUAUUCGAAUAGUUUCGUUAUCCGGUGAAAUAACAGUACGAUUGUUAAUCGGAAAAUCAAAAGUUGCGCCGAUAAAAACAUUAAGUAUUCCACAGCUGGAACUCGCCGCUGCCGUGUUACUCGCGAAACUAAUCGAUUUUGUCAGAUCAUCCCUGCAUCUCCCUGCAGAUUCUUGCCACUGUUGGACCGAUUCCACGGUAGUUCUCGCGUGGGUGGCGCAACAUCCAUCAAAGUGGAAGACGUUCGUCGCGAAUCGCGUCUCUGAAUAUGGUACAAUCUAG